UUUCAGUCCAACUUCCCAGAGCUGGUCCUGACUGAGGAGGAGAGACAGCUUCUGGAGAAGGAUGGUGUUUCCUUACCAACCUGUCUGCCACUGACCAAAGCUGAGGAGCGACUUUUGAAGAAAGUGCGUCGGAAGAUCCGGAACAAGCAGUCAGCCCAGGAUAGUCGUCUCAGGAAGAAGAUCUAUGUUGAUGGCCUGGAGAACAGGGUAGCAGCUUGCACAGCCCAAAACCAUGAGCUGCAGAAGAAGGUGCAGCUCCUGCAGAAGCAGAACAUGUCUCUGCUGGAGCAGCUGCGUAAACUGCAGGCCUUGGUAAGACAGUCCACAACCAAAACUACCACAGCAAGCACCUGCAUCAUGGUCCUUGUCGUUUCCUUCUGCCUCAUUCUCUCACCCAGCCUCUACUCGUUUGGCAACAAAGGGCCACAGCCAGAGUUCAGAGUUCUGUCACGGCAGAUUCGUGAGUUCCCAAACAAGGUCUGGCAGGCAGCACCCGCUGUGCAGGAGGAAGUUGUACUGGAGAGGUUCAGUCCAGAGCCUGAAGACACUUCACUGUUGGGCAGCCUCAAUCAGUCACGGGAAGAGGGGCAGAGUCCACCCAAGCCUGAUCCGAGAUCUGCGUUCAACAGCAACUCAUCCUCUGACCCUCCUGUGACAGCAGGCUCUGAACGGGGCCCUCCCCAGCCGCAGGAGCAGCACUCCCAGAGAGACGCCUUGCAGUCGGAGGUGCUGGCAUCAUGGAAAGAUGAGAGUCAGGAGUGGGUGGAGCACACCACCAGUGUUGUCAUCCAGCAGCACCACACCGAUGAGAUGUGACCAUCCCCUUCUUGCUGCCUGACAGGAUGAGGCUGGGCACUCUGUUGGGGAGGGUCAGCCAGAAGUAUGUUAACAGAUAAUCUGUAAAAGCAAAUGCUUUUAUACAGUUUCCUGAUUGCUGUCAGCUCGGAGGAAUCAUUUUAGAGAGGAAUUAUUUUAGUAGAUGAUCUGUCCUUACACUCUGCUCUGUGUAUCUGUAACAGAGGCUCCUAUCCAAGAUGUGGUAGGAAGCUCAGGGAGCGUUGUUCCCUGCAGCCUUGGGCAAGCCUUCAGACUCACUGGGGAUGGGCUCUGGCCUGGAAGCUGAAAGCAUCUGGGCCUGAGGUGUGAGUACCUGCAGGCUGCUGUUGAUGAAUGCCAUUGCCUCGCUUCUUUCCUGCCCAGGUGGAAGUGAACAGGCUGGGUCCUGCGCUUCUUACUGCAUCUGGUGGCCACAACCGCAUGUCCCUUGUCCCUUAUCUUUAGUCCUACAGUGAUUUGUGAUUUCUCAGUGUGAUGCUGAUCUUUAGUGCCCUGACAGGGAGUGGUCCUGCCCUUGCAACAGACCCUGCACUUCCUGUGUUCUUGUUCACUGUUGAGCCAUGGGUGCAGCUUUUGGUUUAGCUAGAGGAGAUGAUGGGGAGUUCUUUCCAAGUUGUGCAUGCUCGUUCUGUCACAGAGGCCUGAGCUUCUCCUCUCCUAAAGCUCUGGGAGCUGGGCUUCUGCCUCUCAGGGAGAUGAGGAAGCUUUCUGCUAGACUACUAACUGCAGCAGAGCCUGUUAUUCUGAAGGUUUUCCUUUCUGCAACUCAGGUGACCAGUGAGGCUUUUUGCUGGCUCUGGUUGCUCUGUGAGGCUGAGCAGAAGCGCUUUGCACUAGGGCCUUUCCUGGAGUACUGUUGAGUGGUACCUGUUGAGCAUAUCUCUUUGUCCUACUUUAGAUCUAAGCAACUGACAUUUCCUUGUUAAUGAUGGGAAAAUAAAACGUGUCCUCUGUGUAA